AUGAGUGCUCGGAACCGAGCUCUCUUUCACGUCUUUUAUUGGCCCCCAAUUUAUAUGGUGGGGGGGUUGGGGGGGUUGGGGGGGGGGGUGGGGGGGGGGGAGCCUAAACACAACACAGCGCACACGGCAGCCGAGACCGGUCUCCCCCCCUCCUCACCCCUCUGUCCCCCACGCCCCCCCCCCAACCCUCAGCCACCCCCCCCCCCGCUCCCCGACCCCCUGGGCCCUCCCACGCGCCAACCCCUCACGCCCCACACCCCCCCCGGCAUCCCCACCCCUCUCCCCCAAACCCCCAGUAACUACACCCCGACGCACCCCCCCAAAAAAAACCCCCCCCCGCACCACCCCCCCCCCGCCACGUCCACCACCACCCCAGGCCCCCAACCUCCACCGCGCAGGGGGGGGGGUAAACACCUUCAACUACCCCAACGACCCCCGCUAACUAUUGUGCCAGUCGCCAACCCCCGUCUGAGCAUGGCACCCUCCGCCGGCCCAUGGCACACGCCCCUCAGCAAGCGGCGACGCGACCGCACUCCCGACCUCGACCAAAAAAAAAAAGGUGCGGAAGAAGGAACCCCAACGGGAGACACCCAACCGAGUACGCGCGCAUCAUAA